CCCUGCAAAUCAUUGGAUUCAGGUGUUCCAAUCGCCUCCAUGACCACAGGUGGAUACAAUCAAGCACCUAGGCAUGCAGACUUCUACAAACAUUUGUGACAGAAUGGGUCGCUCUCAGGAGCUCCGUGAAUUCAAGCGUGGUACCAUGAUAGGUUGCCACCUGUGCAAUAAGUCCAUCCGUGAAAUUUCCUUGCUACUAAAUAUUCUACGGUCAACUGUUAGUGGUAUUAUAACAAAGUGGUAGCAACUGGGAACAACAGCAUCUCAGCCCGCCACCACUGGACUCUAGAGCAGUGAAGACGUGUUCUCUGGAGUGCCAAAUCACACUUGUCUGUCUGGCAAUCCGAUGGGCGUGUCUGGGUUUGGCAGUUGCCAGAGAAUGGUAUUUUCCAGACUGCAUUUUGCCAAGUGUGA